CAAGAGUUUCUGCAAAUUUUCCCACCCAUCGGUGAACUCCAUUCUCUAGAGAGAGAGAGAGAGAGAGAGAGAGAGAUGGAUUACAGGCUAGCAGCACCAAAGCUGCUAUGCGCACAGCUAAAGCACGCCCGCCAAACACCCUCGCAGUCCUCCAUGUCUCUCGGCGGCAUCCUCUUCCAACGUGCCUGGUUACAGGGCAUUCUGGUCUCAACAGCCUCCGACGGCGGUUUCAUCCUCGACGACGGCACCGGCCUUGUCGAACUCUCUCUCUCCGGUGAUUCCUUCAAUCGCCAGUGGAAGACAGGGAUGUAUGUGAUGGUUGUUGGAGGGUUUUUCGUCCGUACGGGUGAUAUUUCCAUGAUUCAGGUUCACAAAAUGGUUGACCUUUCUCCAUUUCCUGAUCGAGAGGCAAUGUGGUAUUUAGAAGUUAUGGAGGCGUACAAACUUUUCUACCAACCAGAACUAUGAGAGGGAGAGCUCACCUUUGUCUCUUCUUUUCUCACAAGAUGAGAGGAUCUUCUGCAAGAAGUCUAAUUUACGUGAACUCCUGCAUGUUACCUGGGUCAGCGAUGCAGCCAGGCAAAUCAGUCUCAAGAUGGUUGCGACAAAAUGUUCAUGGCAUUGCUAUUAGGCAUGGCUUUCAAGAAUCCAAAUGCCUGGCUUAUGGGCUAGUGAAGGAGGGCUGCACCCAAACUGAGUGUCAUGUUAUGCUGUUCACCCCAUCUUCCGUGCUAAUUACUCUUAUGGUUUGGCACAUGACCCUCAUCUGAUUCAAAGCGGAACAUAAAGCUCAUAUGUUAAUUGAACUAAACUAAAGUGCCAAGUCUAACUGCAGUCACUUGAGACUGAAGGGUGUUAUUGAGCCCCAAAUUUAGUUGUACUGUCUAAUUUCCAACUACUUUUUCGUUUUUAAUCCCUUUGCAUC